GAGAACUGGAGACUUAAACACUCGUGGUCUCUUCUCCAGGUGAUCUUUCCUGAACAGAGAGAUGAAAUCAGCAGAGAAACUCAUCAUCAUCGUUUGUUUUCUGUUUCAAGGUGUUUUGUGUAGAGAAUUCUCCAUCAGUCUACCACAGAGUGUAGAAGCUCUGAGAGGACUCUGUGUUCUCAUACCCUGCAGUUUUGAGAUUAAAGAAGAAUAUGAUGCAGACCUCCAGACAGCUCUUACAGGAAUCUGGACCAAAGACGGCGAUGACCAUAAGAAAAACAAAGUCUUUAACUCUAAAGUAACUAAAGAGAACAAGAUUGAAGGGGAAAUUAUAGGAGACCUCCACAUGAAGAACUGCACCACCAUCUUCUACAACAUCAGUGAGAGAGACAGUGGAAGAUAUUACUUUAGAUUAGAAACUUCAGGAAAACUGAAAAUAACGUAUACUUCAUCAGUAGAUAUAAGAGUGCAAGUCUCUCCAAUCAGCCCCUCAAUAACACUGUAUAAGGAGGAUCAGGGGAAGGUGGAGGACCAAAAUGAGGUGGUGGAGGGAACUUCAGUGAGUCUCAUUUGCUCUGCUCCAGCUCCAUGUCCCUCUAACCUCCCCACUUUUACAUGGAACUUCCUGCCUGAGGAGAGAAGACAGGAGCAGAACUACAGCACCAACUUCAGUUCCUCUCAGCUGAACUUCAAAGCCACUCACCUGCAUCAUGGAGUCGAUUUCACCUGCACUGCCACCUACCAGCUCCAGAACAAGACCAAAUCAGCACAGAGGUCUUUUACACUACAUGUUCUGUAUGCUCCUCAGGUCUCUCCCUCCUCCAGCUGUAACACCACUCAGGAUCUGAUCCUGUGUUCCUGUGAGGUUCAUGGAAAUCCGUCUCCUAAACUGGAGUGGCGUCUCUCAGUUCAAACUGUCCUGCCGUCAGAAGCCACGCCCAUCCAAGUGGAGUCUGUGGGCAACACGAGUUUAAGAAGAUCCAGUGCGUUUUCCAUCCCUCAGUCAGUUAAGGACACGCCCACUCUGCAGUGUGUUGGGUCCAAUAAUCUGGGCCACGCCUCUCAGGUCUUCUUUAUAACUAAGGCUCAGAGGCCUGCUGAAGAACACACUGCAGUACUUUAUCUGGUUCUGUCUCUCUCUGUGGUUCUCCUUCUGUGUGUUGGUGUUAUUGGAUUUCUCGUCUACAAAUUAAAGCAAUUGUCCAGGAAAAUAAAGGUUCUACAGACAGGAGAUACUUACGCUUCUCUCCAGCUCUCUGCUGUACAGAACUCUGAUUAUGAAACUCUGCAGACUAACAGAGGGAGGAGAGAAAAAAAGGACAACUCCUGAAAAGCUGCACUUUUUCAUCACUUAUUUUUCUGCCAGUAAAAUAAUUACCAUUGAAGAAUAUUAAAGAUAUAAAGGAAUGUGCUGUUAUACAAUUUAUCAGUUUAUAGUCACAUGUAAUGUUGUGGAACUUUGAUGAAACAAGUUAGUUUCUGUUCCCAGUUACAUUAUAGCAGUUAUAAACUUGUUUACAUGCAAGUUAACUAAUAAUGUUUGGCUAACAUCAGCAUCAGUUAAAUCACAUGUUUGAUAUUUAAGUAGCUGAUAUAGCAUUUGCAUUAGCCUUAAUUAAACCACAUAAUUGCUAUUUUUACAGUGUAGCUACCAUAAACAUUUGGUAAAUCACUUAGUUGCUACUAUAACUGCUGUUUUACUUUUAAUGGGCCUUGUUUAUAUUUCAGUAAAGUUGUGUUAAUAUUUUUGUAGCCAAACUAAAUUACAUUUUUCACUA